UCCAUCGUCCCUUUUGUUCACCUCUCUCUCUCUCUUCAAAGCAAAGUUUGAUAUGUUCUUUACAGACCGUUAUUUCUCAUACAUAACAUAACACAGGUCUCUAACACCUUUCUCUCUCUAACUUCCGUUCCAUCUCUCCUUGUCUGGAAACUGAGAAUGGUACUCCAUUGUUGAGGUUGAAGAUGGGACACAAAUCAACGAGCACGGUGGCCCCAACCGAUGGGCCGAGCGACUGCGCCUCCACCUCCACCUCCUCCGACGGCCCACCGGCAUCCUCCGCCGACGAGGGCCCACAGGCAUCGCCACCCGAGGCUCCGCCCCCACCACCCCGGCCCCAGGUCUCCCUCCUCCAACCCUCCCAAAAGAAGCGAACCAAAUCGGUCAAGAUGUACCGCCUCUUCCGAUCCGUUUUCCGAACCUUUCCCAUCAUAAGCCCCGGUUGCCGCCUCCCCACCGUCCUUCCCGGCGGUCCUUCCCACCAUUCCGACGCCCACCUCGUGGGCGGUACGCGGGUCACCGGUACGCUCUUCGGGUACCGGAAAGGCCGGGUCAGCCUGGCGAUACAGGAGGCGCCCAAGUGCCUGCCUCACGUUGUCAUCGAGCUGGCCCUUCAAACGAACUCGCUGCUCAAGGACAUGUCCUCCGGGCUGGUACGUAUCGCCCUCGAGUGCGACAAGCGGCCGGAUCGGACCAAGCUGCUGGACGAGCCGCUGUGGACCAUGUACUGCAACGGGAAGAGGGGCGGGUACGGGGUGAGGCGCGAGCCCAACGAGGAGGACCUCAACGUGAUGCAGCUGCUGCAGGCCGUGUCCAUGGGCGCCGGCGUGCUGCCUAGCGUUAACGCGAACAAUAACAGCGCCGGGCUCUCCGAGGCGGACGCCCAGGACGGCGAGCUAGCCUACAUGCGAGCCUACUUCGAGCGUGUUGUGGGCUCCAGAGACUCGGAAGCCUUCUAUAUGCUUAACCCGGACGGCAGCAACGGGCCUGAGCUUAGCAUCUUCAUGGUUAGGAUAUGAACUUGAUAUUGAACUUGGUAAGAUCGGUGGGAUCAAAGUGAAUAUUAGAGUUCUGGGCGUUUCAUGUACAGAUUCACCAGAGGCAUGGCUUUCAUGAGUUUUACUUAUUUUCCUUUUUUUUUUUUUUUGAAGUGUUUUUGUGUUGAUGCCAAUUUUUUGAUGUAU